CCCAUUGCAAUAAAGAUGUCUAAAAGCACAAGUCCCCCAACUUUACUCAUUUAACGCAAAAGAGUAAACAUGCCGUCACUACACUUCCCGACGGCGAGCUCCUCCGGCGUAUCCGCCGUCGCUCUGCGACCAGGUUUCCACCACCGCCUCCCAGCUCGCCUCUCCCCCUCGUUUAAUCCCCUCCGCUUGGCUCCAAACCCGCUCAUUUCGCCGAAGAGGAGAGCGACAACAAUCUCUUCAUACCAAUCGCCUUCGUCUCCGCUUCUCCAUGGUUUCCAAAUCAAAGGAUCUAAGACUAGCCUCGCACCAUUCACAGUGGCAUCUUCAUAUCCAACGUCCCCUGGUUCCGUUUCCGGUGAUAGUGAGGUCGACAAGGCAAAGCUCGCUCAGGUGGCAAAGAGAUUAGAGAAGACUUCAAGGUACUUCAAGAGGCUGGGGAGUAUUGGUUUCUGGGGGCAGCUGGUCUCAACUCUUGUGGCGGCUGUCAUUCUAUCCUUCUCCGUCGCUGUGACUGGCAAACCCACUUCACCUGCUACUUUCUACGCCACGGCAAGUGGGAUCGCUGCUGGUUUCGUCUCCGUCUUCUGGUCCUUUGGCUAUAUUCGUCUCUCUGAGAGGCUCCGUCGAACUGCCGCUGACCCUGCCAAGGCGCCUCCUCGUGCUGAUGUUGUGAAAGGGUUGAGAAGUGGGAUAAUGGUAAAUCUUGUUGGAAUGGGAGCAGCGAUUCUCGGGAUGCAAGCAACUGUUGGGUUUUUGGUUGCAAAGGCUUUGACGACUUCGGCAAGCCCUUUCUACCAAGGAGUUUCUCAAGGAUACAGUCCCGUUCUUGCUCUUGAUGUCUUCCUCGUUCAGGCAUCGGCAAACACCUUGCUUUCUCAUUUCCUAGGCCUUGUUUGUUCGUUAGAGCUGUUGCGGUCCGUCACAGUGCCUUCCUCGGAAUCUAUCGCAGUUCCCAAAGUUGCAUGAGUUUCUGCCUUUUUCACUUCUAUUCAUAAACGUCAAAGUCUGAGACUUGUUCACUUUUUUUUGUCAUUGAGAACCAACCGUUGUGGACUCAACGACUUUGUUAUUGCUGAAUUACAGAUGUCGUAUAAAUUACGAAACGUUUUGUAUCAUUUUAGUGUCCUUUACCCAAAUUAAUUAACGAAUCAUGAAACUUGUUUUCA